AAACAUUUUUUUUUCUUGUGUUGAAAAAAUACAAUCGAAAAGCUGAAGCUUUUAAAUUAAAGUGAAACCUAUCAAACUUUGCGAUUGAAGCUCUGUAGAAAUCAAGUUGGAUAAUUCACUCGGAUCUGUACACAAGACAUCCUUUCGAUUGAAUAAUGCUUUCGUUAAUUCAACAAUCUUGCGGCCAUCUUUAGCUUACGAUUACGUUGAAGUUUGAGCUGAACUUCAAUAGACACCAACCAACAGAUUCGAGAGCGCUCAAGUUAAUACGUAGAUGCGCUAAAGCGUAUGGCUAUUAAAUUGAUUCUUAGUUAGCAAUCGCCCUGAUUACGAUUAGACCCACCUGUUUAGUAGCAUAUCGAAUCAUCGGUCAGAAAAUAUAAUAAUCACAAUCACAUUUAUACAUUACUCAGGAUCAUACAUCUAAGUGUCAAAAAUCAUCAUUUGAACUUAAUUCAACUUUUCCCAAUACAUAGCUCUGUUUUAGUCAUUCAUUCUCCGUUGAAUUCCUUUUCCUUGUCAAUUAAUGUUGUUUAAAUAUUUACCUGUUCUGAGUUAAAUGCCUAGCAGGUAAAAUUUUUUAACGAGUGCUUCAAAGAUUUUUUAUCCUUUUCAGACUCGAUCAUGCUUCUUUAUUAUUGUUUAUACUUUUUAGCUCUGAUAUUUUUCCUCGUAGUAGUGCUCAAAACGAGGCUUAAAUUCCAUUUUAUCUAUUUUGUGUCUUACUCUCUGUUCCUCAACGUUAUUCUCGGGUUCGGAUGCUUCGGCAUGUUCAUCCUCGGACUGAUACGACCUCGCAACCCGGACAACUGUGCCGGGGCUGUAUGGAUGUUGAGGUCAUGUCGACUGUUUCUUCAGUGGCCUUUCAAGGUCGAAGUGAGAGGGCGUGAAAAUAUUCCUUCUGAUCAUUCCUUCAUUCUCAUGCCUAAUCAUCAAAGCUUGUUUGACAGCUAUUUUCUCAGUUACGUUUGGCCGAAGCGCUGUGUGCCGAUGAUGAAGAAGAGUCUGCUGUACAUGACCGGCAUUUUCGGCAUCACCUCUUGGCUGAAUGGGUCAGUGUUUAUAGACAGACAGGACAGAGCCAGUUCCAUCAGCACAUGUAAUAAGUGUGUUGAAAUGGUCACCGACAAGAAAAUAAGAAUAGUUGUGUUCCCCGAGGGUACUCGAAACAUGAAAGGUAGUCACUUGUUGCCCUUCAAAAAGGGGGCGUUCCACAUGGCCAAACAGUGUGGGGGCAUCAAAUUGAUGCCAGUGGUCGUAUCUACACUUCAGCCCAGACUCAAGGACGGAAGCUUCCGGCUAGUUCCUGGAAAAGUGAUAGUCAGUGUGCUGCCAGCGAUCGAGACUACAGACAAAAGUGUGGACGAGCUGGUUAAAGAUAGUUAUUACAAAAUGGAUUCAGAGUUUGAAAAACUGAACAAAGAAAUUGAUUAA